AACUCUUCAUUUUUUUCUUCACCCAACCCUAGCAAUUCUUCGACGCAAAAAUGCCGCCGAAGUUCGAUCCCACUCAGGUCGUUGAGGUGUUCGUGAGAGUCACCGGCGGCGAGGUCGGAGCCGCGAGUUCUCUCGCUCCGAAGAUCGGUCCGCUCGGUCUCUCCCCCAAGAAGAUUGGUGAGGACAUUGCCAAGGAAACCGCCAAGGAUUGGAAGGGCCUCCGCGUCACCGUCAAGCUCACCGUUCAGAACCGUCAGGCCAAGGUGGCGGUCGUCCCCUCCGCCGCCGCCCUUGUCAUCAAGGCCCUCAAGGAGCCGGAGCGUGACCGGAAGAAGACGAAGAACAUCAAACACAACGGCAACAUUUCCUUGGAUGACGUCAUCGAGAUUGCUAAGAUCAUGAGCCCUCGCUCCAUGGCCAAGGACCUGACCGGCACCGUGAAGGAGAUCCUAGGGACCUGCGUAUCGGUUGGAUGCACCGUCGACGGCAAGGACCCGAAGGAUUUGCAACAGGAAAUUGCUGAUGGAGACGUUGAGAUCCCUCAGGACUGAGUGAAGAAGAAGUAGGAAGCUUGAGAGGUCAAGCCCUAAUUUUUCAUGAUAUACUAGAAACCUUUUUUUUAAAGUUAAAUUUUGUGAUUUCAUUAUCGAGGAUUGUUUUGAUUUUUGUUAUCAAAACGCUUAAUUUUGAUUCAUAAUAUGAUCUGGUUGAUGCUUAUAGAAA